AUGACCACGCAUGUUUCACAGUCUAUCCCCGGAGUAGACCACUUCACGACUUUAGCUUUAGUACUCUUGUGCCUGCUUUCACAACUGCCCACCGGAACCAGUAUGUCGUAUUCGAACAGCGGACACCCGGACGCUCGCGAAGCUCUGAAGAAUGAACGCCUUCCCUGGGAACUUCCCAUAGAUAAUGGAUCGGUUUUCAUCGCAAUAAAUGACGUCAUGCUUUUACAGAUAACACCUGAUGGAGCCAUCAGCGGUACCAAGUGUCGAUCGUCUAAAUAUGCAAUGUUGAAAACGAUGCCACACUUUAUCAAGAGCAAGAGGGUGAUAGUUGUACAGGGCACAGAGACACAGCUUUACCUUUGUAUGAAUGAGUCGGGGCAACUGUAUUCGUCACCAGCGAAUUCAUUCACUGAAACGGAAUGCAGUUUCAAAUUUAAUGAACAAUGGAUUCAGAGCAAUGACUCUACAUUUAAUAAAACAGUGUUUCGCCUAUCAAGACUACGGCACCAUAAGAAGCCGUUUUAUGUAGGGUUAAACUGUGACGGAAAACCUAUAGUAGCUAAAGACUGCAGACAGAGAAGACUUUUAAGAAAAUAUCUGUUGUUCAAUAUGGGUGACUUUCGACCAGAGGAGAAUUCAGGGAGUUGUGAAGGGAUAUCACCACCAAAGUGCAAACGGACGUAUUUAAAAUUCUGUAGGAAAGUGGUUCGGAACUUUUUUACGACAUCCGUGAGGGAACUGAAUCAAUUUCGCAAAAGACAUUGUUUCAAACGUCUUGGACGAGAGAAAAAUCGCUCAAGAAAAAUAGCCGAGAGAUGUAAUCUAGGGUCGAGUAGAAAUAGAAGGCGGGCACGACGACGACAUCGACGACAUCGACGCCAUCCAACAUGA